UGAAAGCGCGUGUCGAGCGCCAACCGCCUCCAUUUUGUGCUAGUGUCUGAGGGAACGGUCGGCGCUCGCCCGCUUUCCGUGAAACUCGACUCGCCGCUCCCUUUUCUUGCUUCAAUCUGCAGCCUGGCCAUGGCAGAGUACAUCCGUGUAGCUGAAGAGGAGUCGGAGGAGCCGAUGGAGAUCCCGUCGGAAGACGACGGCACGGUGCUGCUCUCCACGGUGACGGCGCAGUUCCCGGGGGCGUGCGGCCUUCGCUACCGCAACCCCGACAACCAGUGUAUGCGCGGGGUGCGCCUGGUCGAGGGUAUACUGCACGCCCCUGAUAACGGCUGGGGCAACCUCGUCUAUGUGGUCAACUACCCGAAAGACAACAAAAGGAAAAUGGAUGAAACGGAUGCAUCUUCAGCUGUGAAGGUGAAGAGAGCAGUUCAGAAGACAUCAGACCUUAUUGUUCUUGGCCUUCCCUGGAAGACAACAGAGCAGGAUUUAAAAGAUUACUUCAGUACUUUUGGUGAAGUCAUUAUGGUGCAGGUGAAAAGAGAUACCAAGACUGGGAAUUCAAAAGGCUUUGGCUUUGUCAGAUUCACAGAAUAUGAAACUCAAGUGAAAGUGAUGUCACAGCGACACAUGAUUGAUGGACGAUGGUGUGAUUGUAAACUCCCCAAUUCCAAGCAAAAUGCAGAUGAGCCUUUAAGAAGCAGAAAAGUGUUUGUGGGUCGUUGCACAGAGGACAUGAGUGCUGAUGAGCUUCGCCAGUUCUUUUCCCAGUUUGGAGAUGUGACGGAUGUAUUUAUACCAAAACCUUUUCGUGCUUUUGCUUUUGUCACAUUUGCUGAUGACCAGGUUGCCCAGUCUCUGUGUGGUGAAGAUCUGAUCAUUAAAGGGGUCAGCGUGCAUAUUUCCAAUGCGGAACCUAAGCAUCUGAAUGCUAGACAACAGCUAGAUAGAGGACGAUUCACAAACAGCCAGGGAGGCUUUGGCAAUCAGGGUGGGUUUGGAAAUAACAGAGGUGGUGGAGGAUUAGGUGGCAGUCCAAAUAGUAACAUGAGUGGGGGUGGAAUGAAUUUUGGAGCUUUUAGCAUCAAUCCAGCAAUGAUGGCGGCUGCCCAGGCGGCCUUGCAGAGUAGUUGGGGAAUGAUGGGAAUGUUGGCUAGUCAACAGAACCAAUCUGGGGCAGCUGGGGCAAACCCACAACAAAAUCAGGGUAAUGUGCCAAGAGAGCAGAAUCAGCCAUUUGGAACUAAUAAUAAUUCUUAUAGUUCAAAUUCUGGUGCAUUAGGUUGGGGGUCAGCAUCAAAUUCUGGUGGUCCUGGUUUCAGCUCUGGUUUUGGAUCCAGUAUGGAGUCCAAAUCAUCAGGGUGGGGAAUGUAAGUUUUAUAGGUCCUUAGCAAAUGUGGAGGAAGAGUAGAGAUUUGAAUAAUGGUAAGUAAAAACAAAAGUAGGUUUUCACAAACUUUUUCUGCUACAUAAUUGAAAAGUUUUUAGUGGUUACUUGGAAUUGUCAUUUAAGACACUUGACGAUGAGGUAAAUUUUGAGAAUCACUAAUAAGCAAUUGAACUUGCAUUUUGGAAAUGCUUCUUCCUGUUCCUGACUCGUACUGUAGUAUGUAGUUCUGUCAUGAGUUUUAGUUCUUAAACUAAUGAUCUGUACUUCGUAUACGCACACAUUUGUUAAUCCUCCUGAGAACCUUACCUCCCCAGUUGUGUUAAGAAUUUGAUACUAUGUCCAAGUUAGUGUUCAGCAGCAUGGGGAGGCCAGUUAUUUCAUUCUUGCUGCAGGUUAUGAAUUUGUGACUUCAGCCACUCAAGUGAGGUGCAGUUUACCUCCCAAGUGACAAAGAUUUCUACCUUGCUAAAUUGCAUAUUUUUGUAGCAGCGCUGUCAUUGUAUCAAAAUGACUUUUUUAAAUUGGUUGAAUAUUUUCUCCCAACCCAGGCUGUACUUUGUAUUUAUCUGAGACAAAUCUAAACUAAAUUGGGGAAAUGUGUUUUCAGUCAAAUUCUUUCCAAUUAUGUAGACCAAGUGCCAUCACCAGUCCCCUAUUAUUGACUGCUGAUCACGAUAGCACUUAAAGGCAUUUGCUCCAAGUGGUUGGCACUGCAUUGUCUCCAUUGUCAGUCUUCCUGACACUAGACAUGUAUUUGAACAAAGCUAACAUUGAAUGUAGGUGAACUUCCUUCCCAGUCUGCUCAUAGAAUUUUUUGAAAUUGGCUCAUAGAAUUUCCAUGAAGGAGGGAGUUGGUGAAAAGGCAUUUCGUAGGGCCAAAUGUUAGAAACCUGAGCUAAGUAAUCCAUUGCAUCUGGUUAUAUUCAAUUCCCCAAUUCUUCCCUUCUUUCUCUCUUCUCCCCCCCCCCCCCCCCAAAAUAGUGAAUCUUUAAUGUCCCACUUGUGGCGCCUGUACCUCAGAAGGAUUAUUAUUUUCUCCUUAGAAACUAAUUUUCUGAGUGAAAUGUAAUUUUAUGUUGGAGGGGUGAAAGCUCUUGACAAGUUAUUUUUUUACAAGUGCAUUGAUGGUGGUUUUCAGUAGCGUUCAAUCACCCAAAGGAUUGCAGAUAUUUAAAAAGGAUAUUGACUUGUAAAAGAUCGCUUAAUAUUUAUAUUUGUAUCACGCAUUACGUCUUUCUAGGCUGAUAAUUUGACCUACGAUUUGGAUAAUCUGCACCUGCUUUCCAUGCCUCUUUGCUGUGUCUCUCCUUGUAUUGAUAACCAAUUUGCCAUUAUUCCUUCAAUACAAUUAGGAGUAAUCUCUUCAAAGAAGCUACUAUUGUACUUGGGAUGCUUUCCCAUUGACUUUUGGUGUUCAAGCAAAUAUCUGUAAGGCUGUGGGCAGAGGUUUUGGAAAACAAAUUGUAUGUGACUGAGUUAAGGUUUAAAAACUUUUUUUUUAAUGAGGUAUUUCAAAGUUGCAAUGUGCACCAGUUUCUUGAUAAUUGGAUAACUUGCAGGCUGUCACAAUUUUAAAUAUUGCCAGGUUUAACAUAUUUUGAAACAUUUUUCUUGGCUUUGUGCUGGCAAAUAUCACUUCCAUUCAUGUUACGCACAUCAAAACAAUUUCACCUAUGAACAGUAUGGGUAAAUCAGAAAAGACCUUUGCUGUAGAUAAUCUUGUUAAUCUGCAGUGUUGAAUUUGAACUACUGGCAUUCCAGUUUGACUUCUUUGCACAGAAUGCUCAUCAGUGUCCAGUAAUGAUUUGUGUGCCCUGGGUUAUUUUUAUUACAUUCUGUACUGUCCACUUUAAAAUUUAAGAGGAUUAACUUUCAGUGCUGAGUACUCUUUACUAGCACUGCAAACCAAAGGAAGAAUGUGAAAGAGUAUCCAUUAUAUCAUGGUUUGGGGAGUUACAAAUAGGAAAUGGAGAGUGCUGUGUAGAAAUCUUUUUAAAUAAGAGUGCUAAAUUUAGAUCUUAUGUUUAAUGGAAUAUUAUGUAGAGUUUUCAUAAAUUGAAAUUUUUUUUAAGGCAUGUUCUGGAUUUCCGGGCAUGAGCAUCUACACAUGUAUAGAAAAUGCUUUCUCUAAACCAUUUCGCCACAUAACUGCAGGCUGCAUGGAGUUGCAGGUUGUAUUCAAAGGGACCACGGUGGGUGUUCCAUUUUUGUCCUCUACUGUUCUUUUCAUCGAUUCGUUUAUCAGCCCUGUGAAACAAGAUGUAAUACAGAGCUGUGGUGACUUAAGUUGAAGCCUGGUGUGGGAUUGAUGCUAUGGUGGUGCCAGCGAAUGAGAGGGCUAGUAUGAGCGAUGAAGGAGAGAGCGCAUGCAGAGACUUGGUGUUGCAUUAUGGCGUUAUUAAACAUGGCAAGAUGUGGCUCUCAAUCCCUUGGCAUGGUGAGAGAAUGCAGAGGAGAAGUGGGAUACAGUACGAAUGAUUUUCUUGUAUUCACAAAGGACGUCCGUGGCUGAUGAGGGAAAAGACUUUGGAGUGGUGAUAUUUGCUUGUAAUUUGAGUAAUUGGAAAAUGUUGAAUGUGUUCAGUGAAAUGAAUAUUUUCAGGGGUUGAAACCAAGAAAUUUUUGUUCUCCAGUUAACACAAAAAUUCAGAGCAUUCAGUUGUAAGUUAUAGGUUAGAAUUCAACCCUUUGCAAAUUUAUGUUCCAACUGAAGUAAGCAUUCUAAUUAUGAAAAGUGCACAAUAAAAUUGUUUUACUUUAAACUUGAAUUAAUUGUAAAUUAAUGUCAUCCAGUCAGUCCUUAAAAUCUGUAGAGAGGACCACUACUGUUUUUACUUAUGUUUUCAACCCCUGAUAUUUUGUAUCUUUCCCUUCCCUUCCUGUUAACUGUGUGUGCCGAAUGGUUGGUGAUGUAUUUUUGUAUUACUGAUUUGUAAGUGUGGAUAAGUGAAAUGAUGUGGUGUUAUGAAGGAACAAUAUUCUGUGGAGUGUAUUGUGGCAUUGCUGCCUGCCAGAGAUGACUUGGGUGAGCACAGUGUCAAUCUUGGACAAGAGUGUACGUUUGUGUUUUUUGCGAGUUUAUUGCGAAUGCAUAAUAAAUGACUGCUUGAGUUAAGUGUGUUUUGAAGCCCUUUUUUUAAUGUCACUAGGUAAUUCUUAAUAAAAAUUUAACUUGA